AUGGCCGCCCGCGGGGCGCCGGAAGCGCCCCCUCUUCCGCUUCCUGUCCCUUUCCGAGCGCCGCGGUCACGCCCACAGUCACGGAGCCUAUUCGGUCACGUCCCCGCGCUCCGCCUCUCCGCCCCCGCCCCCGCUGUGUCCACGGCAACGGCGGAGAGGGCCGUCCCGGGCCGGCAGGGGGCGCCGCUGGCGGAAGCGGCGCUGGCGGAAGCGGCGCCGUCACCAGGUAACGGGGUCGGUGUCGGGGCGAUGAGCGGCGGGGCCGGGCGACGGCGGCGCCUGGUUCUGCACGUGGACCUCAACAACACGGUGGUGGUGGCGGACACGGUGACGGGGCAGGCCCCACGAGCGGCGCUCAACACCUUUCUCAGCACCGUCACCUGGGGCCGCGCCGGGGCUGCUGGCGAGUGGGAGUGGGUGAGCGACCGCCCGUCCCUGCGCCCUCCGUGCCUCGGCGCCCUCAGCUACUACAGCCGCCACGGUCGGGACCCCGCCUUCACCGAGGCCGGCCCGGGCCGGCGCUUCCGUGACCUCCACGCCCGCCACCUGCGGCUGCUGGAGUGGCCGGACCGGCCGCACGACGCCUUGUCGGUGCCAGGGGAGCCCGGCAAACGCUACCACCUGAUCCUACCCUCCUUCUUCCACCUCCUGGACACGCUGCACCGGGAUGGCAGGGCCUUUGCUGUUGUCUUCAGGACCUUCGGCACCGACUUGCCCCGCGUCCUGCAGGCCGUCAGCUGCGCUCUGGAUGGGCAGCACCCGCAGUUCCCUGCCCUGCGGGACGUGGCGCUCUCUGUGGACCUUACCCCUGGCCAGAUACGCUGCAGCAAGAAAGAGGUGGUGCUAACACGGGGAGCAGAGCGUCUGGCCACCCGGGAAGACAGAAGAAAGCUUUACAACUACUUCAGCUCCUUUGAGGGAAUUGGAGGCUUCCAAGACCACUUUGACUGGUGGGCCAGAAAUCAGUUCUCUUCCCGGGGUGGGAAGCCCCUGUGGAUAGACCCCCAUGAUCCUGACAUUCACCACAUCUUCAUUGAUGACAACAUCCGGCUGGACGAUGGAGACACCAUUGUUCACCCCCAGGUGUUCUUUGAGCAGGGCAGCAGCAGUCCCAGGAGUGUGCCCACCUCGGCGCUGUACAACAUUUGCCUCGUGCAAACCAAUCUGCUGGAGGCCAUUGCUGAUGAGGACUAUUUCCUGCGCUGUGUGAGGAGGUGCGAGGAGAACUAUGACCGCUACCUGGCCUGCGUGGAGAAGGACACCCCAAACGAGCAGUGGGAUGGACAGUGAUACCACCUCAUGGGGCUGAGUGGCUCCAGACUGGGACACCACCCUGCUUCCUGCUGCAUGCAGUCCAAGUCCCAGGCGGGCUCCUGCUUCAAGCUGUUACCUCUUUAAUGUGCAAUGUGGGCGUUCAGGACCUUCCAUGAGCAAACACAAGCAUCCUGGGAGCUUGUGUGAUGGGAUUUUUGGAGGAAAUGGUUUUCCAGUCUUUGGCAGUGUUGCCCAUGGUGCCCAUUUCUGCAUGAGAGCUAGGGCUCACCAUCCCUCUGCAGUCACCUGGCCUAGUCCCUUCCAUCAUCCUGUGAUGCAGGCAGCCUCACAGUGUUUGCAACUCACUUGCUGCUCCUGCAGUGAUGGCUGGUGCAGCGCAGGUGCCAGGAUGAGUACAGUGUUAUCAGCAGCAUCCCCAGGUGGCAUUUGUGGCGUGGUGUUCUCGGCGGAUGCCUUGUCACUUCUGUCUGUUUUUAAAGCAAACCUUUUUAGCUCA